CUGGUAGCCGCAGUCACACGGUCCGCUAGGGGUUGUCCGCUGUGGUGCGCUCUACAGCAAACAGCUUCCCUUUAACACGGACAGAGCGCGUCAACUGUGAACAACAAGCUUUUUCCUUUCUUUUCUUUAUUUUAAAUGGAAGUUUAGGACAAAAAAAGGGGGGGGGGGAAUUAUAUCCGCUUGGUCACAACUCUACACCGCGACUGACCGUAGAGAAACAGUUAUCCCGCCCGGCUGAGGAGAAACAGCCAUGGCUAUUAUAACCUGCCGAGUGCAGUAUUUGGAGGACUCGGACCCUUUCGUGUGUACCAACUUCCCGGAGCCACGGAGACCGCCGCCCUAUGAUCUGGAUGAAAACAUCGCCUUGAUCGAACAGAUAGCCGGGGUUCACAAACUCCUGGAGGCACCGCUGAAGUUGGAGGAGUGUGCUCUGCAGAUGGCCCCCAAUGGGAACUACCUGGACCUGGACCUAUCUCUGGGGGAACAGAAAGACGAUGUGGAACAGCUCUAUGACGACGUGGCUAAAGGGAAGAAACCCAUCCUGAUCCUGAGAACUCAGCUAUCUGUCAGAGUCCACUCCAUUCUAGAGAAGCUGUACAACUCUCAUGGACCUGAGCUCCGGAGGUCCCUGUUCUCCCUCAAGCAGCUCUUCCAGGACGAUAAAGACCUGGUGCCAGAGUUUGUGAAUUCAGAAGGCUUGAUGUGUUUCAUCAAGGUUGGAGUGGAGGCAGACCACAACUACCAGAACUACAUUCUCCGAGCCCUCAGUCAGAUCAUGCUGUUUGUAGAUGGGAUGAACGGUGUGAUCGACCACAAUGACACUGUUCAGUGGCUCUACACUCUCAGUGGCAGCCUGUCUCGUCUGGUGGUGAAGACAGCUCUGAAGCUUCUGAUAGUGUUUGUAGAGUACACAGAAUUGAACAGUCCUCUACUCAUCCAGGCUGUCAACACUGUGGAUGGCAAGAGAGGUGUGAAGCCGUGGUCAUACCUGACAGAGAUCCUGGAGGAGAAGAAUGGCACAGACACCGAGCUGUUCAUCUUAACCAUGAACCUCAUCAACAAGACCCUUGCGUCCCUCCCGGACCAGGACUCGUUCUAUGACGUGACCGAUUGUCUGGAACAGCAAGGGAUGGAACACAUUAUGCACAAACACAUGAGCAGCAAGGUCACUGAGCCAGACCUGAAACAACAGUUCACCAUAUAUGAGAGGGCUCUGAGGCACGAGGACGGAGAGAUGGAUGCUGCACCUCACAUCAGGAAGGAGAGGAGGAAGGUGACAGCCAGCGAACAGGAGGGCAGGAGGAACAGGAGAUCUUCAGCUCAGAACCUCCCCGACAUCCUCUCCUCUUCCUCCCCUACUACAUCCAACACUAUCGCUCUCUCCUCCUCCUCCUCCCCUACUACAUCCAACACUAUCUCUCUCUCCUCCUCCUCCUCUACUCCUCUCUCCCCUUCCACCUCCUCUCCUUUCUCUCCCACCUCGUCCACUCUCUCCCCUUCCACCUCCUCUCCUUUCUCUCCCACCUCCUCCUCCACUCUCUCCCCUUCCACCACCUCUCCUUUCUCACCCUCCUCCUCCUCACCUUCCAACAGUCCUACAGCAGGGCUGAGUAGGACCACCUCCCCUCUCCCCUCCUCCUCCCCCUCCCAUAGCUCCUCACCCCUCACCCCAACCUCCAGCCCAUCAGACUCUGGUUCUCAGAGGUCCUCUCCUCUACCGCCCCCUGAGGUGACCAACGGUACUGCAGCUUCCCCGUCUCCCACUGAACAGGAGCCCAAGGCAACCGCCAACCUGGGGCGAUCAUUCCUCAGUCACCACAUGUCCGCCUUGGGGAUCAGUAGGAGGUCACGGCUCUUUAACAAGGCUGGUUCCAUCUCUGAGGAACCUGCUCCUUCUGCCUCUCCAGCAGCAAGCAGCCCGUCUCCUACUGACUUGGCUGGCCCUGAGAAGCAACAGCAGCCCCAGACGGUCCGGGAGCAACUAGGGAACAAGACGGAGAGGAACACCUUCAGCUCUGAGCAGGUCAGCCACAGUGCCUUUUGCCCAGAGGACUGUAAUGUUAAUAUGGACAAGCCAGUCCUCAGGAAGUUUCAAGGCACCUUCCUCCGCAACCUGGUCGCCACCCAGUGGGAGAAGACGAGUAGGAGCCAACACGAGAAGCUCCAGGAUAAACUGUCCCAGGAUGACCCCAUAGUCACGUCCCCCAGGGCAGAGGAGGAGACCUCCUCUGCAGACAGCAGCCCCAGUACACCCACUGAAGCCCCAUUCCAGGCCAGCGGUUCAGAAACAGAGCCAGAGCUCCACGCAGGGGGGCAGGUCUCAGGAGAGACUGGCCCCAUCCAGAGCGCCCUGGAGCAGCCUCACCCAGCAGACACCCAGGCGACCCAUAAUGAUCCAGGUGUCAGUGUCCAACAGAACACCAUCUCCAAUGAGAAGAAGUUCAUGCUGAACAUGCUUUACGCCAAGAACUUCUCAGCCGGUCCCCUGAAGAGCCCGUCAGGCACCGACCCUGACCCCGAGGAGAGCCUCUCCGGAGAGCCAGAGGAUCACAGAGGGCUGGGCAGGGCUGGUAGCAGUGUGAAGGAGCGUCUAUCUAACCUCAAGGCCCACCAGGCCCAGCCUCUACCCAGCGAGGACAACAGUUUCAGGAGGGCAGAGCUGCAGGGUCUGGGUGGCAGUGCCCAGGCAGCGCGGGCCAGGCUGGCAGAGGAGCAGCAGAACCGGCGUGUCCGUCCGCAGUACAGCAUCGAUGCAGAGACCCACUCCCGAAACCUAGAGAGAACCCAGAUGACCCCUCUGACCAGGGACAGACAGACUGACGCCUGGGACCUGCUCCAACCCAGCUCCAAAGCUCUGAAGAUUAAAGACCUGGACUUCUCUGACCUCAUGGAGGAGGAGGAUAUAGAUGUUCUGGACGUGGAUGUCUUUGACGUGGGUGUUGGUCGGGCCAGUGGUGGUGGUGGUGGCGUCCCACCUCCUCCUCCACCUAUGCCUGGACUAGCCUCCGCUCCUCCACCCCCUCCUCCUCCUCCUCCUCCUGGGGCUCCGUGUCUGAGUCCCCCUCCUCCACCUCUUCCCCCACCGGGUGGAGGUCUCUGCUCCCCUCUUCCUCCCCCUCCUCCUGGAGCUCCCCCUCCACCUUUCUCCUCCUCUUCCUCCCAGCCUCCAGACCCGGCCUUUGCCAAGAAGAGAAAGACGGUCAAGUUGUUCUGGAAAGAACUCAAACAGUCAGACAGUCCCAGGAAGUGUAAAUUCGGACGCGGGACGGUGUGGGCAUCGCUGGAUAAGGUCACCGUGGAUACGGCCAAGCUGGAACACCUGUUUGAGUCCAAGGCCAAGGAGCUCCCCGUGGCUCUAAAGAAAGGAGCAGAAGUGAAGAAGGCAGAGAUACUGGUGUUAGAUUCUAAGAGGAGCAACGCCAUCAACAUCGGAAUGACCGUACUACCGGCUGUCCACGUCAUCAAGACCGCCAUCCUCAACUUUGACGAGUUUGCCAUCAACAAGGAAGGCAUCGAGAAAAUCCUGACGAUGACUCCUAGUGAGGAGGAGAAGCAGAAGAUCCAGGAGGCUCAGCUGGCUAACCCCGACGUCCCCCUGGGCUCAGCAGAACAGUUUCUCCUCACCCUAUCGUCCAUCAGUGGCCUCAGCGCUCGACUACAGCUCUGGGCCUUCAAACUCAACUAUGAAACCCUGGAGAAGGAGAUAGCUGAGCCUCUCUUCGACCUGAAACUAGGCAUGGAGCAGCUCGCCAAAAACAAAACCUUUAAGCGCAUCCUAGCAACGCUUUUGGCCAUUGGAAACUUCCUCAACAGUACCAGUGCUAAAGGUUUUGAGCUGAACUACUUGGAGAAGGUAACCGAGGUGAAGGAUACGGUCCACAGACAGUCUCUGCUCCAUCACACCUGUAACUUCAUAGUAGACAACUACACGGACACCUCCGAUGUCUAUUCUGAGAUCCCCUCCAUCACACGCUCUGCUAAAGUGGAGUUUGAGCAGCUGUCAGAUAACCUGGUUCAGCUGGAGAGGAAGUGUAAGACAUCGUGGGACAAUCUAAAGGUGAUGUCUAAACACGAGACCAAGGCUGUCCUGAAGAACAAGUUGACCGACUUCCUUAAAGACUGUACAGAGAGGAUUAUCAUCCUGAAGGUGGUUCACAGACGCAUCAUCAACAGGUUCCAUUCCUUCCUGCUGUACCUAGGUCAGCCAUCCUACUCUGUUCGGGACACUAAAGUCACCCACUUUUGUAAGAUUAUCAGUGAGUUUUCUCUGGAGUACCGGACCACCAGGGAGAGGGUCCUGACCCAGAAACACAAGCGGGCUACCCACAGGGAACGCACCAAGACCAGGGGAAAGAUGAUCACUGAGACGGAGAAGUUCUCUGGUGCGGUCUCUCCCCAGUCCCAGGACAGCCCCUCCCUUGUCUCCAGGCCUGUAGAUCCAGAGCCGGCCCAGGAGGAGCAUGAGAACAUGAAGAACAUCCUCAACAUCUCCAGCAGCACCGACCACCAGGGGAACCUGCGCCGCAACCGGGGCUACCGCAGUCUAGGCCCAGUUUCUCCAUCCCAGAUGUCUGUGGCCAAAGAGGACAGUGCCAGCUCCCAGGAUGAUGCUACGGAUGAGAUCAUGGAUCGCCUAGUCAAGUCUGUUACCAGGAACCCCACAGAGAGGCCGUCCAGCCCCAAGACACGCAAACGCUCCCGCCUCAACAGGAAGUCGUUGAGGAGGACUCUGAAGAGCGGACUAAGUGUCGACGUGGUUCAGGCUCUGGGACUCAGCAACAAGACUGGUGACAAGCUCUGAACACACAGACCUACACAGACUGGUGACAAGCUCUGAACACACAGACACACACAGACCUACACAGACUGGUGACAAGCUCUGAACACACAGACACACACAGACCUACACAGACUGGUGACAAGCUCUGAACACACAGACACACACAGACCUACACAGACUGGUGACAAGCUCUGAACACACAGAGACACACAGACCUACACAGACUGGUAGCAAGCUCUGAACACACAGACACACACAGACCUACACAGACGGGUGACAAGCUCUGAACACACAGAGACACACAGACCUACACAGACUGGUAGCAAGCUCUGAACACACAGACACACACAGACCUACACAGACUGGUGACAAGCUCUGAACACACAGAGACACACAGACCUACACAGACAGACUGAGACACAGUACUACUACACACACCAGCAAUGAAGAGGAAGGAUGAAGUCAUGCCAGUACCAAGGGCCUGGAUCUGAGAAAGGCCUGAUUUGACAUAAAGAAGAGACAGUACAUAUAGGAAGGACAUGCUGGUGCUGACUACAGUCCCGUCCCCCCCAGAAGAGACAGUACAUAUAGGAAGGACAUACUGGUGCUGACUACAGUCCCCCCCCCCCCAGAAGAGACAGUACAUGUAGAAAGGACAUGCUGGUGCUGACUACAGUCCCGUCCCCCCAGAAGAGACAGUACAUAUAGGAAGGACAUGCUGGUGCUGACUACAGUCCCGUCCCUCCCCAGAAGAGACAGUACAUAUAGGAAGGACAUGCUGGUGCUGACUACAGUCCCCCCCCCCAGAAGAGACAGUACAUGUAGGAAGGACAUGCUGGUGCUGACUACAGUCCCCCCCCAGAAGAAACAGUACAUGUAGAAAGGACAUGCUGGUGCUGACUACAGUCCCGUCCCCCCAGAAGAGACAGCACAUAUAGGAAGGACAUGCUGGUGCUGACUACAGUCCCGUCCCCCCCCCAGAAGAGACAGUACAUGUAGAAAGGACAUGCUGGUGCUGACUACAGUACCCCCCCUAAGGCUGGGGUUGUUCCUGUCUCACUACAUAACACCCAUAACACCCGUUUCUCUUCACGUCGUGCUGGAAGAUAUGAAAAACUCUACUGUUCAUUGUUUAGUUUUUUUCCUCUAAAUGGACGAGUCACUCGGUAGAAACGUGGCUGAAGGCUGGAGAAGUGUUUCAGGAAACGUGGCUGAAGGCUGGAGAAGUGUUUCAGGAAACGUGGCUGAAGGCUGGAGAAGUGUUUCAGGAAACGCGGCUGAAGGCUGGAGAAGUGUUUCAGGAAACGCGGCUGAAGGCUGGAGAAGUGUUUCAGGAAACGCGGCUGAAGGCCUGGAGAAGUGUUUCAGGAAACGCGGCUGAAGGCCUGGAGAAGUGUUUCAGGAAACGCGGCUGAAGGCCUGGAGAAGUGUUUCAGGAAACGUGGCUGAAGGCUGGAGAAGUGUUUCAGGUAUUGAUGUAAAUAUACAGAUGUUUUGCUGUGGUAGACAUCAUGAUGUAUCAUAUUUAAGAGAUUUAUACAGUAUGAUGUACAUUUAACUGAACAUUAAGGACAAAUGAGACUAUUUUUAAAGACUACUGCGUGUCUGGAAUCAGGGUGGUGGAGGGGGGUAACAGGAUGUUUUAGUCAAGAAGUGGUUGAAUAUAAACUCUGGUAUAAUUAUUAUUAUAAUGGAUAAAAGCAUCAGAUGUUAUUAACUUUUUAUAAUUAUAGUGUGAGAGAGUCUAAUGUUUUAUAUGCUGUUAAAUAGAGGUCAUGUUGAGCCUGGUCUCAGACAAUAUACACACACACUGAGACGUCACACUGAGACGUCACUGAGACACACACACACACAGAGAGAGAGACGUCUCAGACAACACACACACACACACACACAGAGAGGGACGUCUCAGACAAUACACACACACACACAGAGAGGGAGAGAGACGUCUCAGACAAUACAUACACAGAGAGGGACGUCUCAGACAAUACACACACACACAGAGAGAGAGCGAGACGCCUCAGACAACACACACACACACACACAGAGAGGGCCGUCUCAGACGACACACGAGGUGAUCUGAUCUAGACAGAGGACAUAUAAACCAGGUCACAUGCCCACAUUAUUUAUCACACACACAAACCUUGUUUCACUGUUAAUAUUUGGACCCCACGGGGGGUGUGUGUGUGUGAGAGUCUAGGUACUGUACGGGGGUGGUGUGUGUGUGUGUGUGUGUGUGUGUGUGUGUGUGUGUGUGUGUGUGUGUGUGUGUGUGUGUGUGUGUGUGUGUGUGUGUGUGUGUGUGUGUGUGUGUGUGUGUGUGUGUUGUGUGUAAGUCUAGGUACUGUACGGUGUGUAGUAUUUUACCCGCUGUAUCAUAUUUCAGUUCAGGAGGGUUGAUUGUUCCAACACACACCUUUAGGAUUCAACCUCUGGUCAUAUAGAACAACCUCUGGUCAUAUAGAACAGCAUAAAACACCCUCUGGUCAUAUAGAACAACCUCUGGUCAUAUAGAACAGCAUAAAACACCCUCUGGUCAUAUAGAACACCCUCUGGUCAUAUAGAACACCCUCUGGUCAUAUAGAACAGCAUCUGGUCAUAUAGAACAACCUCUGGUCAUAUAAAACACCCUCUGGUCAUAUAGAACAGCAUAAAACAACCUCUGGUCAUAUAGAACAGCAUAAAACACCCUCUGGUCAUACAGAACAGCAUAAAACAACCUCUGGUCAUAUAGAACAGCAUAAAACAACCUCUGGUCAUAUAGAACAGCAUAAAACACCCUCUGGUCAUAUAGAACAGCAUAAAACACCCUCUGGUCAUAUAGAACAACCUCUGGUCAUAUAGAACAGCAUAAAACAACCUCUGGUCAUAUAGAACACCCUCUGGUCAUAUAGAACAGCAUAAAACAACCUCUGGUCAUAUAGAACAGCAUAAAACAACCUCUGGUCAUAUAGAACAACCUCUGGUCAUAUAGAACAGCAUAAAACAACCUCUGGUCAUAUAGAACAGCAUAAAACAACCUCUGGUCAUAUAGAACAACCUCUGGUCAUAUAGAACAGCAUAAAACACCCUCUGCUCAUAUAGAACAGCAUAAAACACCCUCUGGUCAUAUAGAACAACCUCUGGUCAUAUAGAACAGCAUAAAACAACCUCUGGUCAUAUAGAACACCCUCUGGUCAUAUAGAACAGCAUAAAACACCCUCUGGUCAUAUAGAACAGCAUAAAACACCCUCUGGUCAUAUAGAACAGCAUAAAACACCCUCUGGUCAUAUAGAACAACCUCUGGUCAUAUAGAACAGCAUAAAACAACCUCUGGUCAUAUAGAACACCCUCUGGUCAUAUAGAACAGCAUAAAACACCCUCUGGUCAUAUAGAACAGCAUAAAACACCCUCUGGUCAUAUAGAACACCCUCUGGUCAUAUAGAACAGCAUAAAACAACCUCUGGUCAUAUAGAACACCCUCUGGUCAUAUAGAACAGCAUAAAACAACCUCUGGUCAUAUAGAACACCCUCUGGUCAUAUAGAACAGCAUAAAACACCCUCUGGUCAUAUAGAACAGCAUAAAACACCCUCUGGUCAUAUAGAACAACCUCUGGUCAUAUAGAACAGCAUAAAAUAACCUCUGGUCAUAUAGAACACCCUCUGGUCAUAUAGAACAGCAUAAAACAACCUCUGGUCAUAUAGAACAGCAUAAAACAACCUCUGGUCAUAUAGAACACCCUCUGGUCAUAUAGAACAGCAUAAAACACCCUCUGGUCAUAUAGAACAGCAUAAAACACCCUCUGGUCAUAUAGAACAGCAUAAAACACCCUCUAGUCAUAUAGAACAACCUCUGGUCAUAUAGAACAGCAUAAAACAACCUCUGGUCAUAUAGAACACCCUCUGGUCAUAUAGAACAGCAUAAAACACCCUCUGGUCAUAUAGAACAGCAUAAAACACCCUCUGGUCAUAUAGAACACCAUCUGGUCAUAUAGAACAGCAUAAAACACCCUCUGGUCAUAUAGAACAGCAUAAAACACCCUCUGGUCAAUAGAACAGCAUAAAACACCCUCUGGUCAUAUAGAACACCCUCUGGUCAUAUAGAACAGCAUAAAACAACCUCUGGUCAUAUAGAACACCCUCUGGUCAUAUAGAACAGCAUAAAACAACCUCUGGUCAUAUAGAACAACCUCUGGUCAUAUAGAACAGCAUAAAACAACACUUACACCCUUAAUGUUAAGUGUAAUUCCACUCCGUGUAACGACGCCACUCUGUCUCCAACGUGCACAGUAGCGAUGAACUAACGGUGACCUCUGUUUCCAAGGUACACGGUAUUGUAUAUACAGAGAGAGAUAUACGUUCACGUCCAAGGAAAGAUAUUGUUAUGUCCCCGGGGGGGAUCCACGGGGGGGUCCACGGGGGGAUCCAUGAUCCACGGGGGGAUCCAUACAGUGUCUUUCUGAAAUACAAUAAUUUUAAGGGCAGCGUUUUUGAAGGAAGUUCUGACUAUGAUAUGUAGAGAAUAAAGAGAUUUGCCUGUUUGCACUGGGAGGUGGGGUAUGAUACAAUAGCAAGGAUAACGUUGUCAAGACUUCACUGUUUUCUGAUCACGUGUUCACUUCCCUUAGUUGUGUUGAAUACAGUUGUGUUUACCUGUGUGUAUACCUGUGUGUAUACCUGUGUGUUUACCUGUGUGUAUACCUGUGUGUAUACCUGUGUGUUUACCUGUGUGUAUUGAGUUGUGUAUAUGAAGUGUGUUUCAGUUGUUCUAGGUGGAAUGCGUACUGCAUGUUGUUUACACAUUCACUAUUUCCUGUAGAUAUAUGUACUCCACGGCAGUGUCCCAAAUCACACCCUAUUCCCUAUAAACAGUAGUUCUUCGCAUGUGUCCCAAAUCACACCCUAUUCCCUAUAUACAGUAGUUCCCCGCAUGUGUCCCAAAUCACACCCUAUUCCCUAUAUACAGUAGUUCCAUGUGUGUGUCCCAAAUCACACCCUAUUCCCUAUAUACAGUAGUUCCACGCUUGUGUCCCAUAUCACACCUUAUUCCCUAUAUACAGUAGUACACUACUUUUGACUAGCGCCCAUAGGGCUUUGUUCAAAAGUACCGCAAUAUGUAGGGAGAAGGGUGCCAUUUUUAAAACGUACCUCGCUUCAGUCACUAUUCUGAGGCACAUAUGUUAAAGAUAGACCCUCGUCCCCUUCCUCCUCUGUGUAUGUGUUCUGGUCAUUUAAACCCUGUUUUGAAAUUAUUUGAACCUUCUGGUAAAGAUCACCUGUUUUUUUUAUUUUUUUAUUGUACGACAGUGUUCUGCCUGCUGUUACGAUGCCCGUUUUUUUUAAAUGGAGAAUUAAAGUUACUUUCUAUUGUUACGAUCUAUCUGAGGACACGAUGGCCGUAUUAUGAGACUAUGUGUGUGUCUGUGUGGACACAGGAGCGACGGCAAACUGUAACUAAAUGUUAAAUGGUUGUAAUAAUGCUUAAUUGAAGUCUUAUUUUAAGUGUUUUAUCGUCAUAUGUUUCCCAAAUGAAUAAAAACAUGAAUAAAAACAUCUUCAAGCAUA